CGCCAGGCAAAGCGCUUCAGCCACUUGUCGGCCCAGUGCAAACCCAGUCUGGAGGGGGAAAAAUAAACACCCACUGACAAACGUGAGCACUGAGGAACAGGACAGUAGAGGGUUUGUAGAGGAGCUUUACAAGAAAAGAAACAUAAUAAGAAACAUAUGUGUUUGGACUGCUUUAUAUGGAUUCCCGUCCUGCUGUCGUGCCAGCUGGAUGCCAGUUAAAUGCUGAGUAGUCGCUCCAGAGUUACAACACUGCACAGAGCCGGGAUUUUUUUUUCUCAAAGCCCAAAGUUGACCAAUCUGGGGCUGAAGAGAACAGCUGAGAAACGUUAGACGCUAACUGCAGCUCCAAGGCAGCUACUUGUCUCAGUCAGCUGUGUGAUUCAACAGAAAUGCUUUGGAAACACAAGCAGAUCUUCCUCUGUGUGCUGGCAGUCUGCAUCACAACACUGGUGGUAGGCGUGGAGGAAAAGAGAGAUGACGAGUGCGCUGACCUCAAUAACACCACCUGGCUGGAUUACCGGCAGCAGAGGGUCAAACUGCAGGUCCAGUACCUGCUGCUGACCAGGACAAACAUGGACUGUGCUCAAAUGUUCGAUCACGAGUCUCUCGGUGACACACAGCAGGGGCCAUCCUACUUCAACGUCUCUCGCCCGACAAAGGUCAUCAUCCACGGCUACAGGGCCCUGGGCAGUAAGCCGUCCUGGGUGAAGCAGCGCCGAGCCCUGCUCAUGGCGCAGGAUGCGAACGUGCUGGUGGUGGACUGGAUCUACGGCGCCUCCUUUGCCUACAACCUGGUGGUGGAGAAUUACAAGGAGGUGGCUCUGCAGGUCUCCAUCCUCAUCAACCAGCUGCAGGAACAUGGAUGCAAACUGGAGUCCUUCCACUUUAUUGGGGUCAGUCUUGGGGCCCACGUGGCUGGUUUUGUGGGGACCCUGUUUGAGGGAAAGAUAGGAAGAAUCACAGCUCUUGACCCUGCUGGUCCCAUGUUCAAAGGAGCGGACACAUAUGACCGGCUGGACCCCUCUGACGCUCAGUUUGUUGACGCCAUCCACACGGACUCUGACUAUUUUGGUAUUUCCAUCCCUGUCGGUCAUGUGGACUUCUUUCUAAAUGGAGGAAAAGACCAGACUGGAUGUGCUCGCUCCAGGUUCAAUUCAAUUCUUAUCUACUUCCCAGUGUACGGUUAUGUGAUAUGUGACCACAUGAGGGCACUGCAUGUCUACAUGAGCUCGCUGAACAGCUCGUGCCCGUUGAUGGGGAUCCCAUGCUUGAGCUAUGAGCACUUCCUGAAGGGACACUGUUUGAACUGUGACAUCUUCAAGGGGAAAUGCCCAACUAUAGGUUUAUCAGAAAACAGUGGGAUAACCAUGCCUCUACUUCCCAAAGAGCAGACGCUGUUCCUCCUCACUACUUCUUCGCCACCUUUUUGCUCUCAUCACAUCCUGCUGCAGCUGGAGUAUUCUCCUCUGGAUAAAAGCGCUGAGCUGGAGGUGACACUCACAACUGACAACCUGGGAACAGAGAAAAGGCUCAGGCUUCGGACAGAUAUGACAGUGUACAGGAUGGUGUUGUCCCACCCUGUGGCUCUGUGUGAGAUCCACACCAUCGAGCUGAAGAACACUGGAGCUCGCUUCUACAGACAGGGAGACGUCCACGUGAAGUCCGUCUGCCUCACCGAGUUCCCCUCUCUCAGGCGAGAGAGGCCGCUGUGUGUGAACAACUUCCAUGUUAGACGAGGAGCUCCGUGGUCACAUGACUAUGUGCAGCUGUGUGGCAUCUAAAGAUUCGUUUUAAAGAAAUGAGAUUUACUCCAAAAGACAUUGAGGUAAAAAAAAAACACCCACUACAGUGAAGUCACCCCACAUGAAGUCCGUUUCAGAGAGCCAAAGAACCACAUUUAUUUCUGGAGAGAAAGCUAAUACUGUAGAGACUAUUACUUUACUACUGACUUACGACGUGGCUAUGCUUCAUUUUUGGGUUAUUUGGCUAAUCCACAGAUCUUCCAACAUGACUGAAUACAUUAUUAUUUGUUAUUGCCAUAGUUUUUUGUUAUUUCGGUUUGUCUCUUUGCUCACUCCUGCAGCUCUUUUUUCUAUAAUCUGGUUUUAGGAUGUUCCAGUUUUUUUAUGUAUUUACUGACUCAUAGUUUUAAUUGUGCUAAAUUCUGUCUGUCUUUUAAAGAUAUUUAAUAAACUGGUAACAGCG